AUGAAGUUUGGUAAGAACAUCAGAAGAGAGAUGCAUAACCACUCGGGUAUGCAUUAUAUAAAUUAUAAAGUUUUAAAAAAAUUAAUAAAAUAUAUUAAUAAUAGUAUUACUGAAAAGGAGUUAGAGAAUGGGAUUGAAUUAAAUAAAAGAUUUGAAGAAGUUCUAUUACAUGAUUUAAAUAUAAUAGAAGAGACAUUUGUAAAGUUAUUUAAAGAGAUUAUGAAUAUAAAAAAAGAGAUUGAAAAGAAUUAUAGUACAGUAGAAAUAGUUGAUAAUAAUGACAGUAUGAAGAUUUCUAAAGAAUGUAUAUCCUUUGAUACUUUAUUAAAUAUAUUAAAAGAAGAAAAUGUUUCAAAAGAAUUUUUUAAUUUUUGUGUUCAAUUAAGUAUACUUUCUAAUAAAUGUAAAAUUAUAAGAACAUAUGUUAUAUAUAAUUAUAUAGGAUUAAUAAAAAUAUUAAAAAAAAAAAAUAAACAUUGUGGUAAUAUAUUUAGAAAUAUACAAAUAACUGAUAUCUUGUCACGUUAUACUUGGUGCCUGUCAGAUGAAUUACCAAAAUUAAUUUCUUCAGUUAAUAUUAUCUCGGAUGAGUUUAUGCAAAAAUAUACGAAUACAAAUGUAACUAUUGAAAAAUAUAUAUGCCCCAUUUGUUUAUCUUUAAUACAUGAACCGGUUACUUUAAAUUCAUGCUUUCAUUCCUUCUGUUGGAAAUGCUUAGCUACAGCUAUUCAGAAAUAUUCUAUAGAUAAUUGUCCAUCCUGUAGAACUAAAAUUGUUUAUGAUAAAAAUUCUUUUAAAAUAGAUGGAAUUUUAAACCAAUUCUUGGAAAAGCAUUUUCUGAGUUCACAUGAUAAAGAAAAAAAUCGGCCCUUUAAAGGAGGUCACCAAAAAGGAGAAAAUGGGAUGCAAACAAUGGACACGGAAGCGUUCAAGAGGGAAAAUAUAAAGAGGUACAAUGGUGGGGGGGAAAACAUCGACAGGUACAAUGGUGGGGGGGAAAACAUCGACAGGUACAAUGGUGGGGGGGAAAACAUCGACAGGUACAAUAUUGAGGGGGAAAACAUCGACAGGUACAAUGUUGAGGGGGAAAACAUCGACAGGUACAAUAUUGAGGGGGAAAACAUCGACAGGUACAAUGUUGAGAAGAACCAUCUUAUAAAGAAGACAAAUAAGAACAUAAAUAUUAGUAACAAUAAUAAAAUAUCAUUUAAUUAUUCAAACAAUUAUGUUUUAUCAAAUCAAGUGUUUGAAAAUAAUAAGAACAAAUGUGUUAUGAACCAUAAUAUUUAUAAUAUAAAAGACGAGGAAAAACAAAAGGUACGAGGAUCAACUUAUACAGGUUCUAUUUUAUCCUCAUCAGAUUCUUCAAAUAGCAAUCAAAAUAAUUAUAUAAAUUUUAUGUAUAACAAAAAAGGAAAGGAUAUUAUAGUUCCUAUGACAAAAAUGAGUAGUAGGUUGAGAGAGUAUGAAAUACUAGAUGAUGAAUAUGUGGAUAACAUUGAAUGUUUAAAUAAGUAUGUGUCUGUAUUAAAUACGAAUGAUGUAAAUAUUAUGGAUGAUAGAGAAAGAGAGUGUAGUGAUUAUAGUGAUGAAUUUUGUAAUGAAGUAUCAAAGGAUAAAAUAAAUAAUAAUGAGAAUAAUAAAAUGAGGCAAGAAAAUAAUUAUAAUAAUAUAAUAAAUGACGUUUUGAGUUAUACGUUUAAUUAA